GCCAAAAGGCAGAGGCACUGCUGAGUGCACUGGGAAUUACGGGGAGGAAAGCAGUGGGCUGAUAGAGCUUAGCCGAUUGGCCCUGGAACUCCACACCGGGAGACUGAGCCACCAGGCUGAUGAAUUCUGACCUGCUGGACCUCCCACUUGGAGUCAAGAUCUAUGUGCAGCCCAAGUCCAACUCUGUCUUCUGCAGGGGAAAGCUGGGGGAAAAGCUUCACUGGCAAUGUCCUUCUUUCAAUCUGGACGAUCCCUACAUGCAUCACCUGAACCUGCAAUACAACUGCCUGCAUGACCCCCACCUUCAGGACUACCACAAGCGCAAGGACAUCCUGUGGAUGCUGAAGAAACAGGGCUUUGUCACCAGUGACAACAAGGUGAUUUGCACUGUGAAGGAGUUCAACGAGUACAGGCAGUACCUGACCAGGACCAAGCUGCAGUCAGAGCAGAUCUUGAGGCAACAAGAGGAAGGGCUUCUGCCACUUUUGGCCAAAUUAAAGGAUGGUCCCAAACUGUCAGGAAGCACUGGCACUUCCUGCAGGGCACAGUGGCAGCUGCAGCCUCAGAAACCUUCCUGCCCACCUCCACAGAAGAGCAAAGAGACGCCCCUGAAAUCAGGGAGAUUCAGAAGAGUGAAAGUACCUUUAGACAAGGGCCAAACCCACUCCACAGCUGAGCUGGGUCAGGAAGAUGCCAGCAAAGCCGAUGGCUCCCAGAGGAAACCGGACAACACUGCUGACGGCCUCUUUAAAGCUGUCUUUGAGCAGCUGACCACAGCAGAAGCCCAGAAGCUCCAAGAGCUGGUUGAGACCAUUGUGUACAAAGUGUUUACGAGGCUGAAGGUUCCUUGGGACCAGCGUGUCAAUUUUUUAAGGAACACUGCUCAGGGGAUCAGAGGAAGUGGUUUUGGCAGCUCCGUGAGAACAGAGCCUGCAGAGACACCUCUAGACCGCCAACAGGAAAUAGAACUGGUGGCCAAGGAGCUUCUAGCGAUGGUGUUGGAGAUCUUGGGGGACCAUCUGGAGUCCAGAGAAGCUUCUGAGUCAGGGAGGGCAGCCAGGCAGAAGGAGCAGCUUGUUGAUGGAGGAGCCACCCAAGCAGACACAUCCAAGGAAGCUGAAACAGACAGAGGACGUUUACACUCUUGCCUUGACUAUCUCACCAUCCAAGUUGUUAAGAAUAUUUGCUGCCUCUUGAAAUCCAUGGUAGCUUCUCAGUUUGGAGGAGACUCCAGCUGUGAUUACACCGAAAUCCUGAAACUUCCCAAGGGUAAGGUCUCCAACAGACAGAUGCCACCAGGAUUCCCUGGAGCAUCUGAAGAACAGAGCCAGGAAGAAAGUGCAGGAGUAAAGCUGCCUGCCUUAGGACCACAGCUUCAUGCAAAAGGGACUGGCUAUGCUAAAACCAUGGAGCCUGAGCAUCCUGCAAUGGUGAAAGGGAACUUGACCCCUGAAGGACCCCCUCAGCCCCCUCCAGAUAGUCCAGAUUCCUCUAGCCCUGCCCUAGGACUGGCCCAGGAUGGCUUGUACCUGAUGGUGGAGAGCCAGUGUCUCCCAUAUCUUCCCCCACAGAGCCCCCGGGAUCCUCCCCAGAUCCCCCCCAGCACUGGAGUGCCACCCACAGAGGAUGAGGGUGUGGGAGGGGGGUGGAAGACCAUGGAGUAG